UUUCUUUUCUCUAUUAUUGUUUUGUAUCUUUCGUCAACAUUAUUGCACAUUGUUGUUGAAGAAUAAUUUCAUUAUUUGAUCCAUAUAUAAUAUAAUAAUAUACAAAUAUAUAUAUAUUAUAUAUAUUUCGUGUUGAUCAUUUGGGCUCACCUAAUCAUCAUCGUCAUCAUCAUAAACAAGAAAGGUUAGAACACAAAGAAGAAGAAAAAACAUAACCAGAAAACUAUGAGCUGCUGUUGUGGUGAUGAUUGCGAAUGCAGGCCUCUUGGCUUUCUUCUGGGCCUGCCCUUUGCCUUCGUGUCUCUCAUCCUCUCUGUUAUCGGCGUUGUCAUCUGGAUCGUCGGAUUGGCCCUAACUUGCAUAUGUCCGUGCUGCUUGUGUGUGACUAUCUUAGUGGAGUUUGCAUUAGGGUUGAUCAAGGCACCGUUUUCGAUCAUGAAGUGGUUUACAUCUAAGAUUCCAUGUUAAUUUUUAUUAGGGUUAUAGAGAGAUCGUACUAUAUAUAUGUGUUUUAUAUUUACAUCUGAUAGUGUUAUUAUGUUUAUUCAUCAAUUAAUUAAUUAAAUUCCAUUUGUGUUGUUUUUCCUUUUUA